CCUCUUUCCAGAACGAUUCUCAGGAGUCCGCAUAUUCUGCUGCCUGGUCUUAUCAAGCACAAGGCUGAAGAUGGGGUUUCCUCCUGAGUUUUAUUUAGUUGACACCGGGUUAUGUCAUAUUUGAUAAAGAAGCUGCCACCUGUCAGGUGCAUCAUGAUCAGGUGGUCUUGCUUAUUAUUGUGAUGGACAUUUUCAGAACGUAUUGACAGUUAAAAUAUAAUAUUGUUUUGAUUAAUUACUUAAUCAAAAAUAUAAUUGACAAAUUAAUCAAUAAUUACAAUAAUCAUUACUUUCAGCCUCAAAGUAAAUAACUUUGGGGGUUGUAAGAAACCUCAGGAAGAGCAACAGAUCUAAAUGGUAGCUGCACUGGAGUAGUUGGGCUUUACAUCCCUUGCUCAAGGCCUUCUCUGUGGGGGUAACUUCCACCACUGCCUGUAAUAUCUGCCCUUUUUCAUACAUUAUUUUCUCAGACUGAGAGACUGAAACAUGUCCUCACAUAUGCCGACAGAAUAUUCAACAAUCUCUCACAUUACUUACAAUCCCUGAUCCUUGAUGUUACAAGAGUAUACUCCGAUUGAAAUUGUUGUAAUUACCUUGAAUUUUUGGAAACUAAAUGUGUGUAGUCUCUAAUGUUUUGUAUGUUAAUCUGUUUUCUUUUGAAGGCAACGUUUGAAAAGUUCACUUAUUGUGAUUCAGUGUGUGUGGUCGAUAGACAGAAAGAGAGAGAAAGAUACUUUUUUACCCUCAUCUCAAGCCCUAUAGUCUGUAAGGUUCAUCUCAGGAUAUAAUAUAUUUAUAUUACAUUUGAUCUUAAUUAGGACAAUCCUAAAGUAGAGGUAGAAAGACACUGCCACUAUAGAGCGCUCCCUCUAUAUGUCUCCCUCUACACUGCCACUGUGUGACAGCACUGAAAGAAAAGUGUGUGUUUCAGCAUGUUGCAUUGACACAGACAGUCCUGCAUACCUAUGCAUAUCCUCAAUUCUAGAGCACACCAUUUACAAAAAAAUAGAAAAAAGAAAAGAAACAUGGACCACCCCCCCUUUUCCAAGGCCUUACAAACCCCACACAGACGCACACUCAGAUUUACAGGGUCACAUGCACUGCGACCCCUACGGUGUUUCAUUCAAGUGCAUCCCACGCAUGGAGGCUAAUUGCGGCAAAGCAUUUUGCUUUCAUCGACAGAAAAAACGAGGGGGCAACUUUUUGGUUGUAGUAUUGUCUGCGACUCUUUCUCUCUUUCCCCCUAAGUGAGCAACAGCUCUCCCUCUCGCUCUCUCUCUCUCUCUUUUUCCCCCUCCACACAUUUCUAUCUUUACCUCAGAAAGGUGGGCAGUAGAGCGGGUGUAUUUCCAGAAAAAAGGUAAGGCAUCACAUUUCAGGGUGUUUUUUGUGUGUAUCCUAGAGCAAGACAUUUUCACAUAUGAUGAUUGUGAUAGGCCAGAGGCUGACAGAAUCAGAUAAAACCUCAUUACAGCUAAACAACCACUGGUGUGACAUGUGGAUUGGGAAAAGGGAACAACAAACUGCAACAUCAUAGCUUUCUCUGUAGUUUUGCUUCACAUCGGUUCAACUAAUAGUGAUGGUUCCACUAAAGAAGAGGUAAAUACUGUAUGUUGGAUUACAAUUUUUUUGAGAAUGGUAUUUACAAAUCAGGGGUUUGUUUCAUAUUUUUGUGGUUGUCCUUAUUGUGAAAUGCCUUUUUGAUUGGUUGGAAUCAUAUGUGGUUUUCAAACUUGAAACUUAAUUGUCCAUUUAGAUCUACAACUACAAUUAAGUUUCAUUAUCACAACCCUUUUUGCUAAUGGAUCCUUUGCAAAGUGUUGGCAGAAUUUGAGUGAACAUAUUGAAAACUGAUCUUUUUAUGGACGUCGUCGUAUAUUUUUAGAGCCAUAUCUGGAACAUAUUUUAAUGUGUAAAGUGUUUAUUUCAGAAAUUAUACAUUCAACCUCUUAGGUUACAGGUUAAGACAGAAGUAUUUGUAUGUAUGUGCCAAAUGUCUUAGAUUUGACAGGAAGAACUGUAAAUGUUUCUUUGCAGUACAUUAAGAGCAAAAUAUACAAUACAAUAUCUGCAGUACUCUGGACUUACCUUCCACGAUUUUCCCCUACUACAUUGCAGUUGCUCUGCAGUGGCCCCGUUAUCUCUGCUCAAGAUGUACAGCUUCAUGGGAGGGGGUCUGUUCUGUGCUAUUGUUGGUAAUAUCCUGUUGGUGGUCUCCACUGCAACUGACUACUGGAUGCAGUACCGUCUGUCUGGAAACUAUGCCCACCAGGGUCUGUGGAGGUACUGCAUGUCCAACAAGUGCUACAUGCAGACUGACAGCAUAGCCUACUGGAAUGCCACCAGGGCCUUCAUGAUCCUCUCCGGGAUGUCGUGCUUUGCAGGCAUCAUCGCUGGCAUCAUGUCCUUCUCUCACUUCUCCUCCUUUGAAAGGUUCAACCGCUCCUUUGCAGCAGGAAUCAUGUUUUUUGUCUCCACUUUCUUUGUUCUUUUGGGUAUGGCCAUUUAUACUGGAGUGACAAUCAACUUCCUGGGGAGGCGCUACGGUGACUGGCGCUUCUCCUGGUCCUACAUACUGGGCUGGGUGGCCAUGCUCAUGAACUUCUUUGCAGGUAUUUUCUACAUAUGUGCCUACAGAAUGUGUGAAUGCAGGAGAGGAAAUGGCCCACGCUAGAGGGAGACAGACAGUUUGUUUAAAAAAGAAAGAAAGAACAAUGCCCUUCUGGAUUGAAUACACACAGAGGGCAGCAAUGAUUGAUCUACUGAGGAGAUGACGUUGGAUCCUGGAGGCCUUUGACUGUCUACUCAACAUGUUUAAAAAAAAUAAUAUUCUUGCAAUAUGGAUCUAUUAUUAGAUAUAGUCAUGACUAGUCUAAUGAUGAUUGCAAAGAGGAACUAAAUAAACGUAACCACAAGU